AUGGAAGAUAACGCUAAGCCCAAUCUAAAUGAUUUAAUUGAUAAAGCAAUUAAAUUCACCCGAGUUAGUUUUUCUCCUUCACAAGAUAAAGUUUCUCCGGAAAUAAAGCUGCUUCAAAAUAACAAGAGAUUUUGCAGAAAAAGAUUUCAAAUUUCCCCGAAGCCAUAUAAGCCUAUGUAUGACCAGCAAAGCCAUAGGAUUGGGGUCCUUCAUACACUUCCUCAAAAACGAGGAAGUAAUGGAUUUUUGAAUAUUUUGAAGCAAAAAAAAACGAUUCAGACGAUAUCCAAUAGAAAUUCACCGGCUGCGACACCUAUGAUUAGCCCAAAAAAUAGAGUUAAAACUAGGCAUCAGAUAUGGCAGAUAAUAUAAAAAAUCAUAUAUAGAAAAAUAGGUGAGAGUUGUUUUAUUUUGAUAAAUCAAAAAAAAAAGAUAUUUUUAUUAGAAAAUUUAAUCAAAAAUGCAUAAAAUCUACGUCAAAUAGAAACAGUCCAAUAUCUGCUCCAAAAGGCACAAUUUUAAGCCCAAAAAAUGCAAAGCAUUUGAAAUCAUUAUCACUAGGAUAUUUAGGAUUAAGCUGUAGUCAAUGUACAUGUGACAAAAUAUGCACGUGUGGAAGACGAGAAUUAUAGCCCAUACCUCUAUAUAGAUUUCUCUUUAUAAAGCAAAAUGCAAAAGAAAGUUGAUUAGCCAAGAUUGACUCUCUUAAAGGGACUAACUGGAUCUCUAUCCAAUAAAAUUUGAAGUUUAAUUAGAAAUGGCUGAAUACUUGGUGAAGUAAGAUAUUUAUUAGGGCUACUUGUCUAAAGGGUAUCUUAAAUUUAAAAUUAAUUUAAUAAUAAAGCUAUUUAAACACUUUGGCGCGCUUACUUGUCAACUUUGCUCACAUUUGUCCUAGUAUAGAGAUCCAGUUCGUCCCUUUAAUAGAGUUUGUCUUGGUCUCUCGACUUUCUUUUACAAUUUUUCUAUAAAGAAAUCUAUAUAGAGGUAUGGGCUAUAGUAUACCCUGAGCUUCCUUUUAGCUCAAGCCAUCCCGAAGUUAGCAGAGAAGAAGGGUUUGCUAAAAUUUUUGGUAAAACCGACUCCCCAGAUGACGACUCCACUUUCUACUGGAAAUUUGCCAUCUGAGAACUAUCUCCCCAGUUGACAUCGAGAAAGCCCAAGCCAAAAUGAGGCUUGGGUAUGUAGAGCAUCAUAGUGAUGAAGACUCCUUAUCCUCUGUGCUUAAAAACAUUGACAGCUUGCAUAUUGAAAAUAAAGUCUUAAAAAGAAGGACUUCAGAUAUUUUUGGAAAAAUAAAAAAAGAGUAUGAGAAAUGUAAACGGUUGAUUCCUGAAAAAGAAACUUUGACUACACAAUUAUCAAGAUUAAAACAGUUUACUGACCUAUAUAAUUAG